AUGGAGCGGUUCCGCACACUCUUCCAGCACUUCCAGUCCAGCUCAGAGUCGGUGACCAACGGGCUGUGCCUGCUGCUGGCCGCGCUCACUGUCAAGCUCUACUCCUCCUUCGACUUCAACUGCCCCUGCCUGGCACGCUACAACUCCCUCUACGGCCUGGGCCUGCUGCUCACGCCGCCACUCGCCCUCUUCCUUUGUGGCCUCCUUCUCAACAGGCAGUCGGUGGUGAUGGUGGAAGAGUGGCAGCGGCCCGUGGGGCGCCGCAGGAAGGACGCCGGCAUCGUCAGGUACAUGUGCUCCUCCGUGCUGCAGAGAGCACUGGCUGCCCCCCUGCUCUGGGUCCUGCUGGCCCUCCUGGAUGGCAAGUGCUUCGUGUGUGCCUUCAGCAACUCCGUGGACCCCGAGAAGUUUCUGGACUUUGCCAACAUGACCCCUGGCCAGGUGCAGCUGUUCCUGGCCAAGGUACCUUGCAAGGAGGAUGAGCUAGUCAGGGACAGCCCUGCUCGGAAAGCUGUGUCUCGUUACCUGCGCUGCCUGUCCCAGGCCAUUGGCUGGAGCCUCACCCUGCUGCUCAUUGUGGCGGCUUUCCUGGUGCGCUGCCUGAGGCCCUGCUUCGACCAGACAGCCUUCCUGCAGCGCCGAUACUGGAGCAACUACGUGGACCUGGAGCAGAAGCUCUUCGAGGAGACCUGCUGUGCGCAUGCGCGGGACUUCGCACACCGCUGUGUGCUGCACUUCUUCGCCAGCAUGCGGGGCGAGCUGCGGGCCUGGGGGCUGCGCCGGGACUCCGCAGCAGGCCUGAGUCCUGAGCCUGCUGUGCCCCCAGAACCCCCAGAGGACCCCGAGGACCCCGACGCUGGGUACAGGAAGGCCCACCUGCGUGCAAUCUGCAGCCAGGAGCAGGUGGACGGCCUCCUGAGGGGCUGGUACUGCAGCAAGCCGCCCCUGGACCUCGCCACCGCCCCUGGCCUCAGCCACCGCACCCCUAUGGUGGCCUCCGGCCCUGUGCUGUCCCAGCACACAGAGAUAUAG